GGUCACGUAUGGCAUUUUAGUUGCGGUCUAUCCCUUCAACUUUGCAGUUAAAUUUUGUGUCGUUCCAGUGAUCACACUCGUAAUUAUUGUUCUAUUGCUAGUUUAAAAUGUGCAUAAGAAAAGUAUAUAGUGAAAGUGAUGUGUCAUAUGAAAAUCUUGAAGCGUUUGAAUCAAGAUUUAAUAGUUUCCGAUUUGAAAUCGAAGCUUCUAAAUCAGGUGAAACUUCAAAUGAAAAUGCUGAUGUGGGUGGUGAUCAAGAUAUACGAGAGGGCGUUGAACCAAACGGCACUUUAAAUAAAGAUGGUGGUGGAUACGAUCAAGAUAUAUUGAGUAUUUCGACCAAGUAUGUUCAAAAUUUAUUCCAGUUUUUCAAGAAGAUAAAGCAAAAGUUUAUACAAUCUUACUUUUACAAAAUUCUAUUAUACAAAACUCAACCAGCUCAUUUAAUAACAACACUAUUUGUCAUUAUCGCAGCUUAUAUGAUGAUGUCGGAAAAAGCUCAUUCCGAAACAUCUCCAAUAUGGAAUUUAGUUUAUCUGGGUACGUUCAGUGCUCAUUUUGGUGCGCAGAUUUGGAUGACGUUCAUCUCUGGCUUAGCUUUGUUCUUCUCUUUGUCCAGACAUACCUUUGGAAGUGUUCAGGAAGUAUUGUUUCCGAAAUACUUUUACUUCAACUCCAUACUUAGCUCCAUCACAUUCGUGGCGUUUAUGAAGUUCAACAACGGCGCAAUAAUGAGAUCUUGGGACGUUUUUAUACAAGCUGCAUUCAUUACACUGUGUUUGCUUGUAGAGCUGACUGUAGGAUUAUACUUAACUUCGCCUCUUCUUGGUUUAUUAAGAAUCAAAAAUGGUAUGGAAAAAGAAGCUGGAGUUGGGCUGGAAGUUGGAAAAUAUGAAUUGGGAGCCUUGAAAAAUUGUCCUCAUUACAUGAAGAUCCACAAAAGAUUCAGAAAGGUUCACAUGACUAUAGCUAUUCUGAACUUGAUCGCGAUGGCUUGUAAUACUUUACAUCUGUAUUAUUUAUCUCAAAAAAUAUGUUUUUGUUAAAAAAGUUAAACAUCUAAUAAUAAGACUGAAAUAAUAUCUUUUUAUUUAAAAAAAAAUGUUUGCUUUAAUUUACACAAUGUAAUUCUUGAUAUGCAAAAAUUAUAAACAUUUUAUUUUUAUUAUUCAAAUAUUAUAUCAGUAAAUAUUUAAUUUUACUUGGAAUAUAUACUGUUUAUUUAGAUUUUAUUUUUAUUUCGCACUCGUAUAUUUUUCGUAAAGCUUAAGGCGUCUGCAUUUUUUAUUAUUGUGCAUAUUUAAUUACAUAAUUACAGGGUGUUAGUAAAUAAGUAUGAAAAACUUUAAGGACUAAUUCUACAUGAAAAAAUAAUUCCGGUUUGCUUUGUAAACAUAUGUCCGCAAAUGCUUCGUUUCCGAGAUACGGGGUGUUGAAAUUUUUAUUUCAAACUGCCAAUUUAUUUAUUGCUCUAAGGCCAGUUGAGCUAUGAAAAUGAAAUUUGGUGAGGUUUAGGAGGUAGUUAUUGCGCAUUUUUUGACAUACAAUUGAGAAUUUUGUAUUCAUCAUUGGUGCGCAUACGGGUAAUAGUCUGAAUUUUUUAAAGAAAGAAAUAGUACGCCACUGAGAUAUUUCAAAUUAAAUAUUAUUUUUAAAUUCCACGUUUAAUUUUUGAUGAAAAGCCUUUCUUGCCUAUUUUUCAUAUGGUGCACCGUUUUUAUGCAGAAAAAUAAAACAUAUUGACGCGUAUUUUUCAUUUCUUAAUACAUUAUCAAGAACUAUCCAAUAUAAUAUAAUAAUACUAAACUAGAACAAUAACAGAAAAUAUUACUAAUAAGAUUUUAACUAGGUGCAAAGAAUUUUAUAUUCAUCAUUGGCGCGCGUACGAGUAAUGGUCUGAUUUUUUUUAAGAAAAAAAUAGUAGGCCACUGAGAUAUGUCGAACUAAAAAUCAUUUUUGAAUUCCUCGUUUAAUUUACGACAAAAAAUCUUUCUUGCCUUUUUUCAUACGAGGCGCCGUUUUUAUACAAAAAAAUAAAACAUCUUAACGCUUACAAAGUAUUUGAGGUAGUUUCCAUAUGCAUAGAAACUUAGUUCAAAUAGUGUGUAAACGUUAAGAUGUUUUAUUUUUUUACAUAAAAACGGCGCCGCAUAUGAAAAAAAGGUAAGAAAGAUUUUUUAUCGUAAAUUGAGCCAGCAAUUCAAAAAUGAUUUUUAAUUUGACAUAUCUCAGUGGCAUACUAUUUUUUUCUUAAAAAAAUUCAGACCAUUACCCGUACGCGCGCCAAUGAUGAAUAUAAAAUUCUUCUGUAACCUCUAAAGCACGUCAUUUUUAACAUUUGUUGUAGCUCUGCACCUAGUUAAAAUCUUAUUAAUAAUAUUUUCUGUUACUUCUCCAGUUUAGUAUUAUUAUAUUGGAUAUUUCUUGAUAAUGUAUUAAGAAAUACGCGUCAAGAUGUUUUACUUUUCUGCAUAAAAACGGUGCAUCAUAUGAAAAAAG